UUAGGCGAAGAUGAUAAAUUUCGCUUUUUCCUCGGCCAUCGGGGCUUUGUAGUGGCCCCCGAUUUAGACCGCUAUUGUUUUCGACCAUUUUUUAUUUCUCGCUUCACAGGUACAGAGCUACCAAAACUCGAGUGUUUUGGUAGGCGAGACGUGGAUGUAGUUUUGUUUCCAUUGGGUUACGCAUAUCCUGAAAUUGAUCCAUGUUCCCAGAAGCCUCAAGAAGCCCCAAGAAGGGAACGGGGAGACCGCCUCUGUGGAUCCAACGGUAGAACGCCGGUCGAAAGUGGAUCGAGUGCUGGCUGAGUGCUAGCUAGUAUUGCAUGUACGUAGAGUGACUUCUAUGCUCUAGAACAGUAUUAAGUAACCCUGAAGAGAGGUCUCGAGGGCGGAGGAAGAGGAGGAAGAAGAUCCAACCACCCGGGAUGAAAAGGGACGCGCCACCCACGGAUCGAGAAACACCGACCGAUAGACCGAGCGACCGACCGAGCGACCGACCGAACCACCGACUCACCCACACACACACACAAAACCCACCUCUUACUCUUCCACAUUUUCCAAACCCAGUUCAGUGUUCAAGUAGAAGAUAAAGAAGAACGGCAAGGCCUUUCAAUAACACAUUUGUUGUCGGGAACUUGAGUGCGUUGGACGUGGAGAGACAGUGAAGAAACAAGAAUAAGAACGAGGAAGGAAAAGAGAAGGAAGGAGAUCAAGGAAUCGACGACCAAGACAAAAGGAACACAGGGGCCCCAAUCUCCUCUUCAAUUGACUACCUCCCAUCCUUGUUCACAAGUCUUGGGGGAAUUUUCUGUAGUACGUAAGAAUGAUCAAGAUGAUUGAAGUGAUACACGGUGAUCGAAUGAGCUGCUGGCCUCGGAUUGAUGGCAUUCAGGCGCAAGCGAACGGGAUCCGAACAGCCGUCGCCGCCGGGAGAUGAACGAAAACUCCGUGAUGAAUGAGCUCUGACCACAACGAUCAAGGCCGAUGAAAUGCAAGUCAUCUUACAUACGUACACACACAUUCAGCCUACUUCGGGUUUGUUUGCCAUAAUCACAAGCCAACUCUACUCAAGAAGAGAGUAGGUAACAAGGGCGGAUGCCUGCUGCAAUGGACAGUUCUCCUUGUUCACAAGACAUGGUGCACUUGUAGCUCGACCGAAACCAAAUUGUUGUUGGUGUGUUGCGUUGUCGCCAGGCCCCAUCACCGAAGCAACCAUCACCACCCACUUGGCAUUGGCAACCCCGCCAUGGGUUUCCCAAGACCUCCGUGCUCACCUGCAGCGGGUAUAUUAAUAUUGGUAUUGGCUGUGGCCUCUCAGGCGGUGAAGACACCCUCGGCCUCGGCCUCAACGUCGCUUUCGAUGGCCUCCUCUCUGCUCUCAUUGACCUCAGAUGCGGACAGUCUGUAUCAGGACUCGCUGCAGAUCGUUAAUGACCAAGAAGAAUGCAAGGUCAAAAAUUUGAAGCAUCAAGAAAAGAUGUUUAUGGCCAAACUGGAUGCUCAUCGUUGUCUAGUGCGAGACACAGUGGUGGCUGUUCCGGUUCCACAGGAACUCAUCGUCAAUUACGUCCAACCCAGUCACGUGGUGGUUCCACGCUGCACAGGUCUGUGCUUGGAACGCCCUGGCUGUGAGUGCCAGCCCAAGAGAAAGAAGUACACCAAAGUGGAUAUCAUUGUGGGCACGAAUAGCUCAGCCACGUUCCAGCUCUGCUCCACGGUUCAAAUCGAAGAGCAUCGCGGUCCUUGCCGUUGUAAAUGCACCCUCACCAAUUGUCAUUACAACAAGGUCUUUGAUGAGGACCAAUGUUUGUGUCGUUGCAAAAGCGAAUUUGCCAAUCUCAAAUCCAGUUGCAUGAAGGAUUUUGAACGCGAAUGGGACGAGGAAUCGUGCACGUGUCGUUGUCGAGCCCGGAUGUGCGUGAGUGGCCACUACCAAGACCGCGCCACUUGCCAGUGCAAGCCCCUGGAAACGUCCUGUUCGGCCAUUGCCACCGCCAUUGACGCCGGGGCCUCGGUUCAUCACCAAAACACGGGUCAUUUGGCUGUGAGCCAGGCUCCUAAGUACGUGGGGCUGAGUUGCGUGGCUCUGAUAGCCUUGUUCAUGCUCCUGACAAUGUACUACCUUAUGGUCAAAAAGGGUGGCCGUCACCACCACCAAAGCCGACAGUCCCGCAUCCGGGGCCGAGGAAAUAGUUUCAUGCGUCGAGCACCCAGCUUGGUCGGAUCGUCAGCUCAUCCCGAUUUGCUGGUAGCUAAUGGUUCCACCGAGACUGUGGUUGGAACUCUCCAAAGAGCGGCAGCGUCCUCGGGCAUGGCCACUGCAGCCUAUACAAUCACCAUCAACAGCCAAUCGGCUAAUAAUCUGGACGAGGCCAUGCUGCCCCUGACAGAGGAUAAAACGCGGUUUUAAGCCUCCCUUGUCUCAAUAAUUGGGAUUUAGAUCCAAACUUCAAAAGUGGUCGAGUUCCUUGCAAAUCUGUAAGAGGCCAGCUGUGAUUCCCACGAAAGGCGUGGCCUUGGUUGUUGCCGCCUUCAUUCUUUUAACAACAUUCCUCUUUGUAGUACAUGUAUGUAGUUAAGCCAGAGGGUCCCCUCAAAAUUCUGACGAUCUGUCCUCCAUUUUGCUCCGACCUUCAUCACCAUGUAACCACAAUCAAGCCACAGCCACCACCGCGACUACCACUAAGGCUACUCCUACUGCUCUAACUGAUGGUGCUUUGGCAACUACUACUGCCACUACUACCACUACUACAACUACUACUUACUUCUACUACUACCGUUACCAUCCUCCAUCAGAACGGCAGCAACAACAACAACAACAACAGCAAUCUUCAUCCAGGCGUUACCCAAGGCAAAAUCUGCAAACCCAACUCCUGUUACCACCACGGAUGGAAACAGCCAAAAAACGUAGUCUCUCUGACUGCCCAACUAGUGUGUGCAGUAGUUAUGAGUGGCCUUGAACUAAGUUAUAUGCCAAUUUUAGAGGGCUGAGCACAUGGCAAUCCCUUUUCCAUUUCUGUCCUGUUCCUUGGAGAGACGGACAUUCCUUUUUAUGGAAAAGAUGAUGAGAAUAAAGCAGUGAACACAUCCAGCCAAAUUCAACGUUAGCAAAAGAAUAUAUGGCAGUGCUGUGGCCAGAAUGGAAUUACAUUCAUGUCCGACACCACCACUCAACUGAAAGAUCUGAGCGGUUCUAGUAGGCCAAGCCUUAUUGCUGUACGUGGUCUAUGAACCCCAGGAAUGAUUUUUCUUUUCCCAUAUCUUCCUUCGUCUUACCAAACUUUGAAGGAUCUUUAACCCGAGACCAGAUCGAAAUCUGGAUCAUCUGAAUGCCUCGACUCCUUAGAGACGACGAGGGGUGUGUAUACGGAAUGCUGAGCGAAGUGCACACAUCAAGUCCAGGUCGCUUUGUGCGAACUCAUCUCCCUGAAUUCAAUGAAAAAUCCAAGACCACGGAUACAUUUCAACACACAUGGGCCAGCCUUGUGCUUCAUCCGUUAUAUUCAUUCCAUUCUAGCUGGUUGAGAGAUUCACAGAUUUACAUCAAAAUGCAAUUAAUUUUUGUUCUCCCUCCACUUCCGUGCUCCAUUUCACCCAACCAAGCUGCUAGCUCUGAGAGCAAGUUGAAUGAGCAGCCUUUUCUUUGGCGGCCCCAUACCGUUUGGGAUUCUCGCGGUGGGUGGGUGAGUGCGUGCAUGUAUGCGGGCCAAACUCAACUAUCACUGGUUUACCCCGGAAAAAGUAACCAACAAAGCUGCCGUAUCCAAAUCAUCAUCAGGAUAAUGAUCAUUAUCAUUAUCGCCACCUGUACCACCACCACCACCACCGCCUUGAGACCUAUCCACCCCUUGGACUUGUGCAGCCCCCCAAGGACCUCUGGAACUGACACAAAGUCAAAAAAAGAAGAGUUGAGAUAAAAAUCAAGUGGGAAGACCUACUUUUCUGCUGCUGCCAACGCAAAAUGCGAGUUGACGGAUCAAGAAUUAAGUUAAGCAAUUUUCGGGAUGAGGUAUCUCGCCUUCUACAACAAGGUUAACGUGCAAAGGGAUUUUGACGUGAAGUGAGCUCUGUACAUGAAAAGAAUGGAAAGAAACAAUGGGAGGAGAAGAAUAAGAUGGUACUAGAACACCGGCCAAGAAGAACACUGUAGGAGAAGAAUGGAUAGGGAAGCAUGGGAUUACUUCAUGAAAAGUGAAGGUGUUGGUGGCGGCGAGGUUAUGAAUGAGUGAGUGAGUGAGUGAGUGAUGUUCGGUUUUGCCAUUUGACUUUUUGUUUCCGAAAAUAAAGAUGGAAGUCAAACGGUAGAAAACUCACUCAGAUACGACAUAAGCCACAAAAAGAUAUUGAAUUUGAAUUCUCAAUAAACGCGUACCUUUCAACCUGUCA